AUGGAUCAUUAUCGAUUAGGCCAUAUUAUUUCUACAACUGACUCAAUAGCUAACAUAGUCAAGCCGUCAACAAAAGAAAAAAAUGAAGAAAUUAUAUUGGUUUGGUUCGAUAAAAAUACCAAUGCAAAAAGUAAUGAUGUAGUGCAUAUAAAAGAAAUUCUUUAUCAGAUAAAUGAUUAUGUUACAUGUCAUCAACAAACAGACACAUGUAUUCAAUAUAUUGAAUCAAUAAAAGAUGAAAAAAUAUUUUUAUUGCAACAAAUCAAUACUAUAUUUAUCUUACGUACACGAAAAGAAAAUAAUGAUCAAUUAAUUCAACAAUAUCCAAAAAUCAUUGGUAUAUUUACAGAUAUAGAGACAUUAAUUAAAAAUAUUCAACAUAAUAUUGUAUUAGCAGCUAAACAAUUAGCUAUAUUUAACUUGUAUAAUGAAAAACAAAAAUCAACUCGUGAUUUGAGCCGUGAAUCAGCUGAAUUUUUAUGGUUUCAAAUCUUAAAAGAUGUAUUAUUGAAAUUACCUCAAACAUUACAUGCCAAAGAAGAAAUGCUUAGUAAAUGUCGUGAUUAUUAUCAUCAAAAUAAACGACAACUUGAAAAUAUUGACAAAUUUGAACAAACAUACGCACCAACGAAAGCUAUAGAAUGGUAUACGUCUAUAACAUUCAUUUAUAAACAAGUUAAUCAAGCUCUUCGAACGGAAAAUAUUGAUUUAUUAUAUUUAUUUCGUUUUUAUAUUGUUGAUCUAUGUAAUAUGCUUCGACAAGAAUAUU